AUGUCUUCAGCCAUGUCGGAAAAGUCGACCUCUCAGUCCAAGCGGAACUCGCCGAAACGCAGCCUUGCGUCCAGCUCAGCAACAAGCGAUGCAAAACGCCGUAAGAGCGAACAUAUCAAGAAGUUCACCGAAAUGAAACUCGAGGACAUCGAACAGAUCUUUCAGAACUCCCGAAACGCUCUCGACAGAGCGGAGGAACUGUACCAGGACGCCGAAAAAGCGCGUACCGAGAAGCUGGAAACCUACAUGGAUGCGACAAAAGCCAUGACAGGUGCGCACCAGACACUGUCGAGCGCCAUGAUCCGGAAAGCUAAUGCGACCAAGGACACCGCGCGACUCGAAAUGAUCAAGGAUGCUCGGGAAGCGAUUGAGAAACGGGACAACCUGCAGAUUCAAGUCGAGAAGCAGAAGAAGGAGCUCUUUACGGUUGAAACCAAGCUCUUGACGUAG